AUGUAUAUGGCGUACGGGUGGCCGCAGGUCAUCCCUCUGGACCAAGGAUCUUGCCCUUCCACGCAGCGGAUCAUCUAUCUCAGAAUCAUCAACCGUCUCUUGCUCGUCGUCUCUCCUUCUCACCUCGAGCUCUGGAGCUCCUCUCAGCGUAAAGUGAGGUUGGCCAAGUACAAGAGGGAUGCCAUGUCGGUGGAAAAGGAAGGGGAGAAUUUGCAAGCUGUGUGGAGUCCCGAUUCCAAAUUGAUCGCCAUUCUUACUUCAUCUUUCUUUCUUCAUAUAUUCAAGGUCCAAUUUACAGAGAAAAGAUUACACGUUGGAGGGAAGCAGCCACCAGGGUUGUUCCUGGCUAAUAUAUCUCUUCUACUCAGUGAGCAGGUGCCUUUCGCGGAAAAGGAUUUGACAGUGAGUAACAUCGUGACGGAUAGUAAAUGUAUGCUGCUUGGACUUUCCAAUGGUUCUUUGUAUAGUAUGUCCUGGAAGGCAGAGUUUUAUGGGGCGUUUGAUCUUGAUCCCUAUCAAGGUCAUGCUGGCAAAAUUUCCCAUUCAUCUAAUCCAACGGGGAAUGGCAUCGCUUUGGCUGGGGAACCUGGAGGUCUUGUCAGCAACCAUGCCAGGAAGUCUGCCAUUACGACACUGGAACUUUGCUUGCCAAUGAGGUUGUUAAUCGUCUUGUAUUCUGAUGGGCAACUGUGUCAAUGCUCUGUGAGUAAGAAAGGGCUCAAGCAAGUUGACUUUAUUAAAUCAGAGAAAACAUUAGGCUCUGGCGAUGCCAUUUGCAUUUCAGUAGCGUCAGAUCAGCAAAUUCUUGCCGUUGGUAAUAGAAGAGGUGCUAUUGAAUUGUAUGAUCUGACUAACUCCUCACUGAUUCGUACUGUGUCUUUGUACGACUGGGGGUAUUCGGUGGAUCAAACUGGACCAGUCAGUUGUAUUGCCUGGACACCUGAUAAUUCCGCUUUUGCAGUUGGAUGGAAAUUAAGGGGACUUGCAGUUUGGUCUGUCUCUGGUUGUCGUUUAAUGUCAACGGUUCGUCAAAUUGGAUUGAGUAGUGUAUCAUCCCCAGUAGUUAAAUCAAACCCGGAAUGUAAAUAUGAGCCAUUGAUGGGCGGCACCUCAAAGUUACAGUGGGAUGAAUAUGGGUAUCGACUGUAUGCAACAGAGGAAGGGUCUCUUGAAAGAAUUAUAGCAUUUUCUUUUGGCAAAUGCUGCCUAAGCAGGGGGGUGUCCGGCAUGACAUAUGUUCGCCAAGUCAUUUAUGGUGAUGAUCGGUUGCUUGUGGUGCAGUCUGAAGAUACUGAUGAACUUAAGAUAUUGCAUUUGAACCUUCCAGUCUCUUAUAUCUCUCAAAAUUGGCCAGUUCAGCAUGUGGCUGCUAGCAAGGAUGGAAUGUACUUGGCUGUUGCUGGUCUACAUGGGUUGAUCUUGUAUGAUAUAAGGUUGAAAAAGUGGAGAGUGUUUGGGGAUAUCAGUCAGGAACAGAAGAUUCAAUGCAAGGGUCUAUUAUGGCUUGGAAAGAUUGUGGUUGUAUGCAACUAUAUUGAUUCUUCUGAUACUUAUGAACUGCUCUUCUACCCAAGGUAUCACCUUGACCAGAGUUCCUUGCUCUGCCGGAAACCAUUGCUCGCCAAGCCUAUGGUGAUGGAUGUUUAUGGAGAUUAUAUACUUGUUACUUAUCGCCCGUUUGAUGUCCACAUAUUUCAUGUGCGGAUAUUUGGUGAACUAACACCAUCAAAUACUCCAGAUCUAGAGCUUUCUACAGUACGGGAACUCUCAAUUAUGACAGCGAAGAGCCAUCCUGCAGCAAUGCGCUUUAUCCCUGAUCAGAUCCCUAGAGAGAGUGCAUUAAACAAUCACGUUUCAUCUACUUCAGAUGUCGAAGCUAGAGAACCUGCAAGAUGUCUGAUACUGAGAGCGAACGGGGAGCUUUCUCUUCUGGAUUUAGAUGAUGGACGUGAAAGGGAACUGACAGACUCAGUUGAACUGUUUUGGGUUACUUGUGGUCAAUCAGAAGAGAAGACAAAUCUAAUUGAGGAAGUAUCUUGGUUGGAUUAUGGUCAUAGAGGAAUGCAGGUCUGGUAUCCAUCUUCUGGAGCUGACCCUUUCAAACAGGAGGACUUCUUGCAGUUGGAUCCAGAGUUGGAGUUUGAUCGUGAAGUUUAUCCUUUGGGGCUUCUUCCCAAUGUUGGCGUUGUUGUUGGUGUCUCGCAGAGAAUGUCAUUCUCAGCAUGCACUGAAUUCCCUUGCUUUGAGCCUUCUCCUCAAGCCCAAACAAUAUUACACUGCUUACUGAGACACCUGCUUCAGAGGAACAAAAGUGAAGAAGCUCUACGGUUAGCUCACUUAUCAGCGGAAAAGCCUCAUUUCUCUCACUGUCUAGAGUGGCUUCUCUUUACAGUAUUUGACGCUGAGAUUUCAAGGAAACAUUUGAAUAAGAACCAGUUAUCGGUUCCCAGACACGCGGGCAGUCAUUCUCUUUUGGACAAAACCUGUGAUCUGAUUAGAAACUUCCCAGAGUACCUUGAUGUGGUAGUAAGUGUUGCAAGAAAAACUGAUGGUCGACACUGGGCUGAUUUGUUCACUGCUGCUGGAAGAUCAACAGAGUUGUUUGAAGAAUGCUUUCAGCGUAGAUGGUAUCGCACUGCGGCAUGCUACAUACUGGUGAUCGCCAAACUGGAAGGCCCUGCUGUCAGUCAGUACUGUGCUUUACGUUUGCUACAGGCUACACUUGAUGAAUCCUUAUAUGAGCUUGCAGGGGAGCUGGUGCGAUUCUUGCUGAGAUCUGGAAAGGAUUAUGAGCCAACAUCACCAGAUUCAGACAAGCCGUCAUCUCCUAGAUUCUUGGGCUAUUUCUUGUUCCGCUCCAGUUACAAGAAGUCGUCUUUGGAUAAGAGCACCUCAUACAAAGAGCAGAAUGCUCAUAUUGCCUCAGUCAAGAACAUCUUAGAGAGCCAUGCUAGCUAUCUGAUGUCUGGAAAGGAGCUUUCCAAGCUGGUUGCUUUUGUAAAAGGCACUCAAUUUGAUUUAGUGGAAUAUUUGCAAAGAGAGCGAUAUGGCUCAGCUCGAUUGGAGAAUUUUGCGUCAGGGUUGGAACUAAUUGGACAGAAGCUUCAAAUGGGUACACUUCAGAGCCGGUUAGAUGCAGAGUUUCUAUUGGCUCACAUGUGUUCUGUCAAGUUCAAGGAAUGGAUAGUUGUUUUGGCCACCCUUUUAAGACGAUCAGAGGUACUUUUUGAUCUUUUCGAGCAUGAUGCACGAUUAUGGAAAGCAUAUAGCAUCACUCUUCAGUCACACCCCACAUUUGCCGAGUACAACGACCUUGUUCAAGCAUUGGAAGAACGGCUAUCUUCAUCCUCGAAUCCAGAACGCAUAUGA